UUGACGAUCAAGAUAAUACCUGCAGUUAUUUUUACAGCUCUUACAGUGACAUUUGUGCAAGGACUGCUACUUAUUAUUUUGACAGUCAAAGAGACAACACUUGAAACGUUGUUUAGCGACUUAGCUAACGGUGAACGAAAAGUCAACAGGGAGGCUAUGGGUUGAUUUUGCACAAUGUCAUCAAGAGGCGUAGUCCUCCUUUUGCAAACCUGUGCAAGUCUAGAGAAGGUGACUGGUGGAAAUUGACCAUCACAGGCUUCAAACUGCUUUUGGAUACGCUGUUUUCAAGUCAGCCAUGGCUCGGGAGGAAGAUGAAGAGGAGCUGAUAGUCGAUGGGCCAAAGGAGGUGGACAUGUUUACAUCGGUGCGUUGUCUGGGUUACCUGUCCAGCAUAAACCUCCUUGUGGCAGUAUGCGUUGGCAUGUAUGUACGCUGGGAGGUGACAAGUGAACCCAUGAUUCUAGUCAUCUUCAUCCUGGGCCUCUUUGUCCUGGGGAUCGCCAGUAUUCUUCAUUACUACUUUGCUAUGGAGAAGGCCAGUCUCAGCUUGUUCCGUUUGUGGUUUGGCUUUCUGCUUGGUCUUCUGUGCUUCCUCAACAGCCCCGCCUUGGAUUCAAAUGUCAAGGAACUGGUCGCCAACUAUCUCCUCCUAGCCAGUGUUAUAAUGAAAACAGUAUGGGCUAUAACUGAGCGAGUAUGCAGCUCCAUCCAUUACAAAUCCACUUUGUUAACAUCAGCUGAGCUGUUGGAGCUUCUGGGAUUUGGCAUUGCCAGCGCACUUCCUCACAAGUCAGUGGCCAUAAUAGGCUUUGUGGUGGCCCUGGGGGCUCUCAUUGUGGACCUAAGGAUGAAAUCCCUCCUGGCUUUGCCCAACCUGGUCAGUUUUGCCUUGGUUACGUCUCUUGUGUUUUUCCACGCCAUAGACAUCAGAACCAACCCUUAUGCCUUAAGCUGCUACCUGGGCAGGCUACUGUGUGAGCCUGUGUUGGAUGUGUACUUCAGUGGGCUGGGGCCCACCGACCGCUGGAUGCCAGUGCUCUCUCUGGGGAAAGUGUGGAGGAGGCUGUCCCUGCUUCCUCUGUGUGUGAUUGAGCUGGGCUUCUUUGUCCUGGCUGCCUUAAAGCUGGGCCACUUGGAGCUGUGGUAUCUGGUGAUUCCAGGCUUCUGCCUGUUUGGCCUUUUCUGGUCCAUCUGCCACAUAAUUCUGCUAAUCACAAUUUGGGGCUUUCACACCAAGCUGAGUGAGUGUCAGAAGGCCUGGCGGGCCCAGCGGUCCAGCAGCCGCAGUCUGGACCAAGUCAUGGCCUCCAGGGGCAUCCGACACUUCUGCCUCAUUUCAGAACGACUGGUGUUCUUUAGUCUGCUGUCAACAGUCAUACUGGGGGCUGUGUCCUGGCAGCCCUCCAACGGUCUCUUUCUCAGCGCUCUGCUGGUGGUGCUGCCUUUGGAGUCUCUGGCCCACUGCUUGUUCCACGAGUUGGGCAGCUGCCUGGGGGGAACCUGUGUCGGCUACGCCCUGGUCAUACCGACUGCUUACUGCAGCUCUGAUGGCCAGCCCACUCUCUUACCACCUGAGCAGGUACAGCAGUUGAACCAGCGCUCCACGGGUAUGCUCAACAGUGUGCAGCGCCUCUUCUCCCACCACAUGAUACAGACGUUCGGCUGCGACUACUCCACCAGCGGUGUUGGCCUGGAGGCCGUGCAGACCAAGCUGCGCGACUUUCUGGAGCGGCGUACCGCAGACGGGCCCCGUCAUGACACCUAUCUGAUCUUCUACAGUGGGCACACACAGAAAGGCACCGGGGCAUGGGCUCUGGCAGGAGGUGAGAGUUUCCACCUGGCCCAAUUACUGGAGCUGUGGAAGGAGAAAAACGCCGGCCACUGCUCCCGUCUCAUCGUCGUCCUGGACACUGAGAACUCCCUCCCCUGGGUCAAGGAGGUGCGCAGGGUGGAGGGGAUCUACAUAGCCGUGCAGGGGGCUGAGCUGUCCACAACCAGGGUUGAUCCGGAGGCCGGAGACGUCCCCUUAUUAGGGGAUUUCACUUCCGAAUGGGUGGAGUUCAACUGCAACCCAGACAGCGACACCCAGUGGUCAGAAAAAGGGAGGACUGUGACGGCCGCCUACGGUGUGUCCAAACGCUGGAGCGACUACACGCUGCACCUGCCCACUGGAAGUGAUGUUGCCAAGCAUUGGAAGACCCACUUUCCCAAGGUUACAUAUCCCAUGGUGCACCUGUCCAACUGGUGCUGUGGCCUCAACCUGUUCUGGUUAUGUAGCGUGUGUCUUCUCUGCUUCAGGAGGUGUAAACUAGCUUGGUUCCCCCCGGCUGUACUGGACACUGGGCAGGGCAUUAAACUGGUGCAUUCAUAGGUAACAUGGGAAGUUGUAAUGUUCAUUUUGACUCCGACAGUUUUUGUUUGAACAGUCGGAGUGUGUUUGGUACAAGGUCUUUUUUUUAUAAAGGAAAAGGAAUAAUCUAAUACGCUCAUUCACAUUUGGCAUCGGACAAGAACAGUUCCAUUAUUACAAUUUCUUUUUACAGUAUGUGUUAAAAAGAACAAUUGUUUUUGUAUUGAUUUUUCAUAUUUCGUGUGUUUUUGAGUACUAUUUUGCCAUUACUACUUUUUUUUUUUUUUUUUUUUUUAAUCUGUGUUGCUACAACAUGCCAUUUUAUUCAACAUUAUUGUGCCUGAUAAGUGCCUUAAAGAUGGAUUUGUGGUUAUCUUUAAAACAGCUGCCAAAUUAUUUUAUAUGUACAUGUAUGUAUAUAUAUAUAGCCUUUCAACAGGGUGGAGGAAAAUGCUUGUUGUGGGGCUGAACUCAGUGACCUUCUGGUCAUAGGAAAGUCUAACCACAAGGCCAACACCCUGCUGUGAGAUCCUCUCCUUAUCAUUCUCAGACUGUUUGAAUUUGCAUGUAUUUCUGCACCGAACAAAGACAGAUGCAUCAGCUGUGAGACAGUAUAUCAUCACCAGACAAUGGCCCUCUGUUACGCCUUGUCUUGUUUAUUUACUCAAUUUAAUUAAUCUUGAAGGAGUCACAUGCUCAGCACAUUCAAGUUUUCGAGCUGUUGUCCUUGCCAUGCUGUGAAACAGUGAUUUUCAUGCAAUGCAACAAACUAAAGAGUUCAAAGUGCUUUUUAUUGGUGCACUGAGCUCAAGAACUCAUAUUGACUAUCGUUUAUUUUCGACUUUAUUUGCUGUGUCUGAUCUCUCUGCCAUACACCCCUAAGCAGAUUGCUGCCUUAAAUAGUGUGUUUCAUUGUGACGUGUCCAAAGAGGUCAAGUGGUAUUUUUCAUAUGUAAUUUCCCAUGUACCUCAGCUGAGUUAAAAUGUUAGAAUUAAACUUGGCUAAUAAACUGAUUUA